CCUUGCGAAAGGAUUUCCUUCCGACAAAUAUCAUCGUAUGCGUCGAGCAAUUUCGCAACGUGCUUGUUCGGAUCGACCACCUCGACGCUUGCCAGGAGGGGGUUUGGUGAAUGUAGUCGCGUUGUGUCAAACGUGGGCGGUUGGGAAUAUACCUGCGAUCUAUACCUGCGAUCAAGCUGGAGUUUAUGAACGCCUGGAGAUUGCCCCUUGUGAGAUGGCAAUUAAGCUUUGGAAGUUCAGCCGGGUUGGAACCGAGGUUUCGUUGAAGUGCACUCGAUGACGGCGGUCCUGAGGGAAGGACGUUAGUUUGGUGUAGUUGGCACGAAUUCGUGACUUGCUUGGGCGCCUCGUGUUUUUUCUUUCCCUCAGCGCCGGUUCUGUGCCUUAAUUUUGAGAUGUCCUCUAGGGCGUCAAUUGCGAGUGACUACUGUAGCAUCAUGGAUGGAUUCGAUGGAAAAAAGGUCAAUCUCUCUUGAUUGAGUGGUUUGCGUUCGUUUUAGCUGGGAGGAGUGGUUACUGGAAACGAGUUAAAGAAAGCUAUGGGAGACGCGGUCAAUGGGGGAGCAGCGAGCAUGGAACUGAUGAAGCCAAUUCAAAUUGGGGACCAUCAGCUGCAGCACAGGAUGGUACUGUGUCCCAUGACGCGGUGUAGAGCACGAGAUACAUUAGCCACGCCGUUGAUGACCGAGUACUACUGCCAGAGAGCGACCGAAGGAGGCCUUCUUAUUUCUGAAGGCGUUUGUGUAGCCGCAAAUGGCCAUGGGUUCGUGAACACUGCGGGGAUUUACACUAGUGAGCAGAUUGAGUCAUGGAAAGCAGUCACCCAAGGAGUGCAUAAAAGAGGCGCCAUUUUUUUCCUCCAGCUAUGGCAUGUUGGCAGAGCUUCACAUACAGAGUUGCAGCCCGGAAAUGCUGCCCCAAUCUCCCCAACCAGCAAUUCCGUACCCUUGCCGUGGAGGGUAACUCUCAUAGAUGCAGAUGGCAAAGCGACUAAGCAAAUGUAUUCCGCUCCACGGCCGCUUCACAUUGACGAAAUUCCACAGAUUAUUCAGUACUUUAGGAAUGGGGCAAAAAACGCUCGAGAAGCAGGUUUUGACGGGUGCGAAAUCCAUGGCGCACACGGGUACAUCCUGGACGCAUUCAUCAAGGACACCAUUAACGAUCGCACAGACGCCUAUGGGGGCUCCAUAGAGAACCGUUGUAAGCUCCUCAUGGAGGUCACACAAGCAGUUGUCGACGAAAUUGGUGCCUCUAAGACAGCAGUUCGGAUCUCCCCAUUCAGCGUUUACAAUAGUGUAGGGCCAGACUCGAACCCCGAAGCCCUCUUCACCUACUUACACUCCAAGCUUGAUAAGUUUGGCCUCGCAUACAUCCACUUGACAGAGCCGGAGUUCAGUUUCAUCAAGGACAACUUCAAAUGGGCGCCCCAGUAUGCUCAUGUCACUAAAAGGAGGAUAACUCCCUUGCUCGUCAGCGGGGGCCAUACUCUCGAUACUGGGAAUGAGGCCAUCGGUUCUGGAUAUGCGGACCUUGUGGGGUAUGGGAGGACGUUUAUAGCUAACCCCGACUUGGUCAAGAGAUUUGCCAAGGAUGCGCAGUUGAAUACCCUGAAUUCGAGUACGAUUUAUGGUGAUUACACUGCGAGAGGGUAUACGGAUUAUCCGUUCCUUGAUGAAGAAGCGGAUGCUGGGAUUGAAGCAUAAUCCAUUACUACCUCCCCUACUCAAUGAGAACGAGCAUUCGAUCAUUCAGAGAAUUCUGAGAAGAUUGUAAGCAACGGCGACAAUACUCGCAAAAUGUGAUGCCUUCUCAAUAUGGUGACAGUGACUGAAAAUUUGACGUGUAAACAUGGGGAUGUUCAAACAGAUACAAGAGAUUAAGUAGUGACCAAUAAAUAUUUCCAGUUACAUACAUCUUGUGUAUGUAUAUUGCUGGAAUACUGAAUAUAAGUUGUUAACAUCUACAUAUUAACUUCUGAACCAGGAUACGACAGUUACGUAUUCUGAUCAAUGCUCUACAAAACUCGGAUAGGCUGUCUGAAAUCUGUCCAAUCCUUGCAAUCUCAGAGAUGCCUGUACCUCGGACAUCUGUAAUCCUGUCAUUUACAAUACAAGGAAUUGUACACCGAA